AUGACGGCCGGCGUGCUGACCGCCCGACCCAUGGAUCUCGACACGAAGGAGCCGGGGUUGGAGACCGGGCGGGAUACCGGUGACGCACUGGAGGUGGCCGACGAGGACCUUUACCCCCGCCUCAAGGCCUUGCAGCGGCAGCUGGAGUUCCUGGGCAUCCAGGAGGAGUACAUCAAGGAGGAGCAGCGCAGCCUCAAGAACGAGCUGCUGCGCGCGCAGGAGGAGGUGAAGCGCAUCCAGGCCGUCCCCCUGGUCAUCGGCCAGUUCCUGGAGAUGGUGGACCCAGUGACGGGCAUUGUGGGCAGCACCACCGGCUCCAACUAUUACGUGCGCAUCCUGUCCACGCUGAACCGCGAGCUGCUCAAGCCCAGCGCCUCGGUGGCCAUGCACCGCCACUCCAACGCGCUGGUGGACGUGCUGCCGCCCGAGGCGGACAGCACCAUCUCGGUGAUGAGCGCGGCGGAGCGCCCCGACGUCACCUAUGCCGACAUCGGGGGCAUGGACGUGCAGAAGCAGGAGAUCCGGGAGGCGGUGGAGCUGCCCCUGACCCAGGGCGGGCUGUACGAGCAGAUCGGCAUCGACCCGCCCCGCGGCGUCCUGCUCUACGGCCCCCCCGGCACGGGCAAGACCAUGCUGGCCAAGGCGGUGGCGCACCACACCACCGCCGCCUUCAUCCGCGUCGUCGGCUCCGAGUUUGUGCAAAAGUACCUGGGAGAGGGGCCGCGCAUGGUUCGCGACGUCUUCCGCCUGGCCAAGGAGAAUGCGCCCUCCAUCAUCUUCGUGGACGAGGUGGACGCCAUCGCCACCGCGCGCUUCGACGCGCAGACGGGCGCGGACCGCGAGGUCCAGCGCAUCCUCAUGGAGCUCCUCACCCAGAUGGACGGCUUCGAGCAGGCCACACACGUCAAGGUGAUCAUGGCGACGAACCGGGCAGACACGCUGGACCCGGCCCUGCUGCGGCCCGGGCGCCUGGACCGCAAGAUUGAGUUCCCACUGCCAGACCGGCGCCAGAAGCGCCUGGUUUUCCAGUCCUGCACCUCCAAGAUGAAUCUCAGCCCAGAGGUGGACCUGGAGGACUACGUGGCACGCCCCGACAAGAUCAACAACGCCGAGAUCUCCUCCAUCUGCCAGGAGGCGGGGAUGCUGGCGGUGCGGAAAAAUCGCUACGUCAUCCUCCCCAAGGACUUUGAGAAGGCGUACAAGGUGGUGGUCAGGAAGUCAUCCGACUCCUUUGAGUUUUACAAGUAG